AUGAUAUGCAGAUGUACCAUCACAGAACAGACGCCUACAAAUUCAUCUGAAGACUCUGAUGAACAGGUAGCAACUACAGUGGCCCUUGAGCGUGACCAAGCUGCUCUGUGCAAGGAGUCUGAAGGCCCUAGAGAAUCUGAAUCGGCGUCAAAGCGACAAAAGAGCGGUGUUGAUAGCCAGUGGGUAAAAGAUUUCCCAUUGCUGCAAGUUGUGGACACUGUUAAUGGGGAUAGGAUGUUUUGUUCACUGUGCCGGAAGCACAGUCUUCGGCCAAAGAAAGUUGCAGCAGGGAGACCUACAUGGGUUGAUCUGCCGUGUAAAACUCUUGUUAGGCAGAGUCUGAAGAAACACUGUGAGAGUGACAGCCACAGGGCAGUGAUGGAAAUGGAGUGUGUGCUUGCGUCCUCAGGAAAGGAUGGCGGUAUUGCUAUGGCACUAGAGAAAGUUGUGUUGGCAGAGAGAAAGGCGUUUAUAGGUGCACUGAAGGCUAUGUACUUCCUGAACAAGAGAGAGAUUGCUCACACUACAAAUUUUAUGCCUCUCCUGGAUUUGGGCAAAUCUCUAGGAGCAACAUACCUUAAUGACAUGCAUAUUGGUGGCAAUGCUAGCUACACGUCUGAGCGUACUAUGCAAGAAUUAGUACGAGCUCUAGGUGAAACUGUCUCAAUAGAGAUAUAUCAGCAGCUGCAAAUGUCUCCAUUCUUUUUCCUCUGUUUUGAUGAAACUACAGAUGUGUCUGUAACCAAAUAG